CCCGCUCACUCCCGACCUCCCCCAUCCGCUCACUCCUGAUCUCUCCCCACACGCUCACUCCCUACCUCCCCCACCCGCUCACUCCCGACCUCUCCCACCUGUUCACUCUACGCUACCCACUGCCACCGCCCUCGCACAAUGGGAGCUAUAUACAAAAUAUUACAAGUCUGGCGAUGGGUCUCCAGGUGUGUCAGACGCCCGACUGACCCCCAAAAGUAUCGGGUGACCCUAAUCUUCACUUCUGUUUUAAAAAACCUUUCUAAAUGAAAGUGAAACUUAAGAUUCUUUCUCGUUUCACUCAACGCCAUUUUAUGUUGUGCUUUGCAACCACUCGUCCCUGACUGCAGAGAAAGGAAUGUCUGGUGAAAUGACGUGGAGACAUUUUGCUCAGAUACUUUGCUUUGUACUUUGCCUCUCGCAGUCUGAUGAGAAAUUCACAGUCAUCGGCCCAGCUCACCCUGUCCAAGGCUUUGCUGGUUCAGAGGUUGUCCUGGACUGUAAGUGCUCCGUAGGCUUGCCGCUGCCGACAGUGGAGGUGAGAUGGUUCAGAUCAAGCUUUGCCAUCCCCGUGCACCUAUUCCAAGACGGACACACUAAUGCAAGCAAGCAAGAUAAAACCUACAGAGGCAGAACAGAACUGUUUACAGAGGAGUUUAUCAACGGCAACAUGUCCCUCAAACUCAAAGACGUGCAGUGGUCAGACAGAGGAGAGUACACCUGUUACAUCGAUGACAAGCAAUCGUAUGACGAGGCAACAAUAGAAUUACAAGUCCAGAUUCUCGGCAGUCAGCCUUGGAUUCACAUGGAAGGACAUGAAGAGAACGGGAUUAAGCUUGUGUGCGAGUCCGAGGGAUGGAUUCCUGAGCCCGAGGUCUGGUGGGUGGAUGGGAACGAACGCAAACUGACAGCACAAACCAAACUAGACACGUCUCCCGAUGGUUUAAUCAAGGUCCAGACUUCCUUAAGUGUCACGAAAGAUGCCGGCAACAAGUUCAGGUGCCUGUUCAUCAAUAAUUUAACCAAGAAACAAACAGAAGGAAGAAUCCAGAUCGCAGAUUAUUUUUUCCCCCGUGUCUCUCUGGGGCUGGUCUUUUGUUUGUUAUUCUUCUUCACUUUCCUGGCCGGGUUCUGUGGGUUUUUGGUCUUCAUCUGGAAGAAAUACCAACAGACUAAAGAACUUAAUAAAGAACUGGAGUGGCAGUGGAUGUUUGCGUGUGCAGUUACAGUCAGACUGGAUCCUGACACAGCCCAUAACAAGCUCGUGCUGUCUGAGGACCUGACCAGUGUGUCAUCUGGAGACAAACAUCAACUGUUCCCCGACUCCCCGAAGAGGUUUAGUUACUGGGCCAGUGUCCUGGGAUCUGAGGGCUUUUCCUCAGGGAAGCGCUACUGGGAAGUGCAGGUGGGCAGCAAGACAGAGUGGAGCUUGGGGGUGGCCAGAGAGUCCAUUGAGAGGACAGAGGAGAUCAAACUAUCACCGGAGAACGGAAUCUGGAGUUUGAUCCUGAGAAACGGGAGUGAUUAUUGGGCCCGUGAUAACCCUUGGAUCCGCCUGACGGUGAACGAGAAGCCCAGGAAGAUCGGAGUGUUCCUGGACUACGAGGCGGGGAAGGUGUCGUUCUACAACGCUGAUAAGAUGUCUCACCUCCACACUUUCACUGAGACGUUCACAGAGAGAAUGUAUCCUUAUUUCUGCCCCUGGUUUCCCGACGGUGGCAGCAAUUCCGAACCGCUGGUAAUUUGUCGGGUCAAGAGUAAAGCCGAGAGUUUAAAGCCGUCUUAAGUCACUGUUAGUCAACUGGUUUUGACCGAGCCAAAGGGAUUUCGUCUUCAAACCCCUUCACUCCCUGACCUCUCCCGACCUCCCUGAGCUGCUUACUCAAUCCAACCCACUACCCGCUGCCUCAGCUCGACUGCUGCUGCCUCCUGCUUGUCCCACGUGCCCUCUGCUCCACCAUCGAUGGCCAAACUUUCAGCUACUUCGCCUCGAUACUCUGGAACACUCUACCUCAAUCCCUCCGCCUUGCCCC